UUGCAUGGUUUGAGCAAGCGUGGCUAGAAGUUGUGUGCGCAGACGCAGUCGAAUCAUUGCCUUGUGGUGAUUCGUUGAGUGUACCGCUUCGCUCUCCAGGAUACAUAACUACAAUUUUUUUAUUAUUUUAUAAAAAUGACGACGGCGAGCGUUCUGUUAACCGUUGGGACAACUUGGAGUUCUAACACGGACAUAUGUAACAAAGAUGAAAAACUCGGCCGUACAAUCAGGAACGCGCCAGUGGUUGCGGCGAGAGAGUUGCGUGAGACUCCAUCAGGAAGAGAACAGGCCUUGAGAAUAAUGAGGGAAUGGAUGCAACAGAACUGUGACAUCAAAAACGUUAGACAAGAUGAUUCAUUUUUGUUGCGUUUCCUUCGUCACAAGAAAUUCAGCGUGCCGAUGGCUCAGCAGACCCUACUGAAAUAUUUGAGCCUUAGGAAAUACUAUCCAAGUAUCUUUAAGAACAUGGAUUGUGAAAAUCCCAAAAUAAAAGAUAUAAUAAACAGCGGGUACAUAGCCGUGUCACCUGUCCGUGACAGCAAUGGACGGAGGGUCAUCAUUUACAACAUGGGUAAAUUCGAUCCCAUUAAGUACAGCUGCUGGGACAUGUGUCGAGCUCAUGUGGUGGUUUAUGAGAGUUUGCUUGAGGAUCCAAACGAUCAGGUCUUUGGUUUCACUCACGUUGGUGAUGGGAGCGGAUCUACCACAUCCCACGUCACUGCCUGGAACCCUAUAGAUUUUGCGAGGCUACUAAAGUGGGGCGAGCAAUCGUUGCCAAUGCGCCACAAGGAAUUCCAGUUGGUAAAUGUUCCCGCUGCAUUAAAAUACAUUAUAGACUUCGCAACCAGCAAAGUAUCCCCUAAAAUGAGCGAGAGAUUGAUUAUACAUACAAAUAUGAAGAAUUUGCACAACAAAGUCGACGUAUCCUGCCUACCGACAUCCUUCGGUGGUCACAUACCGUUACAAGAUAUGAUUCGUUUUACAAAAGAUUUGCUUAAUGAAAGGCGACAAACUGUUCUGGCUCUCGAUGAUAUGGAAAUUCUAAGCACAAGGGGAAUCAUUUCGUCCAGAAAGCCUACCAACGCGCUGAAACCCGAAUCAAUUUCCGUUGAAGGAAGCUUUAGGAAAUUAGAGAUUGAUUAACUGUGAUUAUUCUGAUACUAUAUAGUUAUUUUUAAACAUUUUUUAUUUGUAAUUUUUAUGUUUAAGAUUAUGUCUUGUAUUGUUAGUUGAUAAAUUUAUUACGCCUACUUAUUUUUAAACAAUUACAUUUAAAUAUUAAUUCAGUCUAUUGGAAUAAUAAAAUUGUGUGGUGUAUUUUUGGAUAUAGUUAACGAGGAAGUUAUUACUUCUAUAUUAUAAAUUGACAAUAAUUUACAUCUAUUGUUGUUUUUUAGAUAUAAAUAUAUAUAUUAAUAUUGUCAUUGAAAUAUGUUUAUCUUGUAACGAUGAUAUAUAAUGGCUAUCAAAUAAAUUAGUACCCAAUUAAAAUAUGUACGUGUGGGAAUACAACAUUAUACGUAUUAACGUACUUUUUGGAUCUAAAUAAAUGGUAUUUUAAAGGAA